AUGCCGCUGCUUGAACGACGAUGGGGUCUAUACUCCCUCGCGUUCGCGCUGACGUCCCUCGUCGCGGGCACGGUGUACGGCUGGCCCGCGCUGCGAAGGGAUCUCGUCCGCGAGGGCGGCCUCACCGAGAAAGAGCUCGGCGCGGUGUUCCUCGCGGGAUCCUGGAGCGUGAACGGGUGCCGCCUCUUCAGCGGCCUCGCGCGCGAUCGAUUCGGCACGCGCGUUACCGCGUGCGGCGUCCUCCUCCUGUGCCUCGUCGGCGUCCUCCUCGUCGCGUUCUCCUCCAGCGGCAGCUUCUGGGGUCUGUUCUUCGGGAUGCUGCUCCUCGGCGUCGGCAGCGGGUGCCAGCUGUGCGUGCAGCCGGUGACCGCGCUGUUUCGCGAGGCGUCCUCCACGGCGAUGGCGACGCUGAGCGGCGCGUUUCAGAUCAGCGGCGUCGUGUUCCUGUGGCUGAGCGCGAUGUCGACCGCGGGCGCGGGGAGGUCGGGCGCGUACGGGUUCCACGCGUGCUGCGUCGCCGUGUUGUUCGCGCUGAGCGCGGCGUUCUUGCCCUCGGGCGGGACGUUCGCACGGAGGAAGAAAAAUUAUGAGCCGGGGGGGGCGGGAGAGAAGGAGGGCGGCGGCGACGACGUGGAGAAAAACGGCGACCUCGCCCCGGCGUCGGCGGCGUCGGCGACGGCGGCGACGACCGGCGGCCUGACGCUCGCGAAGAUCGAGCUCGUGAACCGCGACGAGAAGCGCGCCGCGCCGCGCGACGACGCCUCCGACGACGCCUCCGACGCCUCCGACGCCUCCGACGCCCCAUCCCCCUCCCCCUCCGCGCCGGCGUCGCCCGGUCGAGGACGCGCGCGGCGCGAGCUCAUGACGAGCGGCGAAUACAUCCUCCUCCUAGCGUGGUUCUCCGUGAUCAUGCCUCCGAUGCAGUACUACAUCAUGAGCAUCGGGUACCAGCUCGAGCGUAAGGGCGACGACGACGGCUUGUACACGAGUCUGUUCGCGGUGCUGUACGGGCUCGCAGCGGCGCUCGCGCCGCCGGCAGGGAUGAUCGCGGAUCGAUUCGGCGUCGGCGUCGGCCAGGGCGUCGCGACGUCGACGCUCGCGAUCUCAUUCCUGAUUCUCCUGUCACCGUCGCUCCCCGCGCAGGUGGUCGGGAUGGCGUUUUACAGCGUGGGGAGACUCUUCGUGUUCGCGAUGUACUUUAGUAACCUGGGGAGACGAUUCGGGUUCGAGCACUACGGCGCGCUGGCGGGGACCGGGAUGCUGUGCGCGUCCUUCGCGUCGCUGCUGCAGUACCCGAUGUUCACCGCGGCGGUGGACGGAGGGACGGAGGGAGAGAAUGCGGUGAACGCGGGGUGCGCCGCCGCCGUCGCGGCGGUGUUUCCGUACACCGCGUGGCUCGCGGCGAGGGAGCGGAGGAAGCUACUGUAG